UACCAGCAGCACACAGUAGAACAAGUUGAAAUCUUCGCAGAAGGAUAAAGUUCGUCAAUUUAUGAUCUUCACACAAUCUAGCGAAAAGACUGCAGUGAGUUGUCUGUCUCAAAAUGACUGGAAGUUAGAUGUUGCCACAGACAAUUUUUUUCAAAAUCCUGAGCUUUAUAUUCGAGAGAGUGUUAAAGGAUCACUGGACAGAAAGAAGUUAGAACAGCUAUACAAUAGAUACAAAGAUCCUCAGGAUGAGAAUAAGAUUGGUAUAGAUGGUAUACAGCAGUUUUGUGACGACUUGGCACUUGACCCAGCCAGCAUUAGUGUACUCAUCAUUGCGUGGAAAUUCAGAGCGGCAACACAGUGUGAGUUCUCAAAGCAGGAGUUCAUGGAUGGAAUGACAGAACUAGGAUGCGACAGCAUAGAAAAACUAAAGGCCCAGCUACCCAAGAUGGAACAAGAGUUGAAAGAGCCGGGACGAUUUAAGGAUUUUUACCAGUUUACUUUCAACUUCGCAAAGAAUCCGGGACAAAAAGGAUUAGAUCUAGAAAUGGCCAUUGCCUACUGGAAUUUAGUACUUAAUGGAAGAUUUAAAUUCCUAGACUUGUGGAACAAAUUUUUGUUGGAACAUCAUAAAAGAUCAAUACCUAAAGAUACUUGGAAUCUUCUUUUAGACUUCAGUACAAUGAUAGCAGAUGAUAUGUCUAAUUAUGAUGAAGAAGGAGCGUGGCCCGUUCUUAUCGAUGACUUUGUGGAAUUUGCACGCCCUCAAAUUGCUGGGACAAAAAGUACAACAGUGUAGCACUAAAGGAACCUUCUAGAAUGUACAUAGUCUGUACAAUAAAUACAACGGAAAAUUGCACAGUCAAUUUCUGCUGGCUGGACUGAACUGAAGAUCAAUCCUCACAAUAAGGGCUGAGGGUUGAGACAAAACUUUAAGGAUACAUCUUGGACCAUAUCAUAUUUCACUCUUCUAAUGGUGGUUUGGGCUUGUCUUCUAGUCUGGGCCACUUUUGCCAGUUAUAAUUCCAACAUUGUGGAUUUCAUCUUAUAUCUGUGGACCAUCCUAGAUUACUCGCACACAUAAAUCUUAGAAGCUUUGUGGUGAUUAUUUUGAGGUUUCCAUUGUCACAUAAAGCACAAAUGCUCUCAUCAGACAACUGUUUGGCAUAAGAGUUAAAUAGAUCAGCAUCACAAACACUUGAUUUAAAACUCCCUAAGUAUAUGCUUUGGGCUAGUUGCAAGGACUAUGCUGAUAGCACUUCCUAAAAAAGUGAUAUAUUUAAGUGUACCAGUUCUGGGGUUUUUUUUUGUUUCGUUUUGUUUUUUUACACCCCCCUCCCCCAAUCCCCCCGGCAAAUCACAUGUAUUGUCCAAAUUAAUUUUGAGUGUCUGAAGAAAACAGUUGUAGAAUCAACCAGUAUAAAGACAUUAUUAGGAUAACUAGGUGCCUCGCUGAAAUGUUAAUUGUACCUUCACCACCUAGUUUUAAAAACAAAGGUACCACAGGACGUCUCUGCACUUAAUUACCCAUGUUUAAUAUAUAAGUUGGCCUACCGUGAGCUUUGCCGACAAAAAGGUUUUCCCGUAAUGUUAGACUUUACUACUCUCUACAUUAUGCAAUAUAUAAUUGGAUUUUAUUGCAAUUUUGAAAUGCUUAUCUGCCUGUCUACUAAGUUAGAAUAUUGGAUUUAUGUUUUGAAUGUUUUAAAUUGCUGUACAACACAAUAUUCUAAAUUUAGGCAUGAGUUUUUUGUCAUGACAAAAUAGGACAGCAAGGAGCUACCCUUAAUUUAUGAAAACCUGGUGAGUCUAGUGUGAAUCUAAUAUCUGAAGUGGUUGGGAUGGGUCAUUAAGUUCAAUCUUUAUAACACAUAGGUACUACUGUUUCAAAAAAAAAAAGCCUGCUUUCGACGACUUCUCAUAUUUUAUUGAACAUUUGUGUAAAUAACUACAGUUGAUUGUGGUUGCCAAAUACCAGUUUCAGAAGUAAAGUUUCUCAAGCAGUCACAGAUUAGAUGCAGAAUACCACACUGGCUUCCUUUAUUUCCUUAAAUUAUUUAGUUGUUCCACUACUUUCAUUCGUCUCAAUGCAGAUAAAUUAGGACUGUUUUCACAUAAAAGCAGAAUUUUAUCUUGUAUGUUUACAUUGCAAGACUCAAUUGCUUUCUCGCUGAAAACGGUAAUUUCAAUGUUCAGUUAUUGAUGUGAGAAGGGGCUAUUGUUUUCUUGAAAUAAAGAUUUUUUUCAAAAAGCAGGUUUAAAAAUAGCAAAUUUCAAAUGUUAAAUUACUAGUGUCCGAGGGAUAGAAAUUUAUUAUGUUUGGUAAAUCCAGGCAAUCUCUUGUUAAGGUCAUAAUUAGUAAAGAAAUUAGUAAACAGGACGUGCAGUUCAUUUUUAUGCAGUUGCUGAAAUAAUUUUUAGGAAAAAAUGACAUUAUUAAACUGCUUUUUUUACACACAUGCUUUGAAAUUGACUAAAAGACUUCUCUCACUGGUGGCAGUGCUGCUUUAAUAAUCUAAUCACACCUUUAUUUCAAGAAUACACUCGUACCGAAAAAAGGUUGCAAAUCUCUACUCAAGCUACUGGAAUUGGCUAUGCCAAAAAUUGAAUAUUGCUGCUUUCAGUGUUUCCUUUUUCAUUUUUUGUAAAUAUGAAUGGGGACUUGAAUUAUGAAAACUUUUUAAGGUAUUAUGGUGUGCUGUUUUGUUUUCUGUCUUGAGGGUUUUUUGAGUUUUGGUACAGUUUCAGAUUGAUUAAUUCAAGAAUGCUGUGUUUUGAAAUCAGAUCACAUUCAUUUUUAUUCCAAUAUAGAUUUUGUCUUUCAUAAAAGUCUGAUAUUGGUUAGUGGCCCAGUGCCUUGGUGUUUUAAAGAUUUUUCCUUUUGAACGUGAGACCUUUUCAACAAAAUAGCGUUUGUCAUCUGUUUGGUACUAAACAGUUAUAAUUACUGUGUAAUUAUAAAAGAAAACUACUUAAAGCUUGGAAUAAUUAUGUAGCAGAAAAGUUAAGGUUGUUGAAUCGAUGGUCGCGUAUAAGAAUUUAACACAGCUAUAAUGUUGAAAAUGCAAGAUUGAUCUAAGAUGGUGGGGUUAUUUUAAAGAUAAAUGCCUGGUUACGGGGAAUAUUUUGUAUGGAAAAGUGCUCACUCACAUGGCCAUGUGUUCGUACGGGUGUGUGUGUGUGAGAGAGUAUGAAAGUGUGCAUGAGUUAAAACUAAGAUUGCUUUCAUUCAUAAGUGCUUCAGUCCUUGUCUGAUAAUAAACACCCCAUAAAUUUUUUUUUUCCAAACUGUACCAAAAGGUACCAUUUUCUUUUUGCCAAAUGUCAAAGAGGUACACACAUGAACUGUAAUGCUUCCAAAUACUUCAGUGUAUAAAAUUAGAAGUGCCCACAUAUAAAAAUACUUAAGAUCAAGAAUAUCUCUAGCGAAUAUCGUCAUCUGCAUAUCUCUGUAAAGUCAACUGUGAUUUCUGACAAUCCCUGUCAUACUGCAAACAGAGGCAAUAAAGCUUCAGUGAAAUUGCCGUGAUGAAAUCUGCUCACACAUUAUUUCGGUGUAUUCUGUAGAAAAACCUGAAGUCUUUCUGAACUAUUUAGGAAAUAGUUUUCCUACUGGAAAAAGCACUGAGUGGCAAGUUUUUUGAGAGGAAAUAUCUAAAACCAGAUAAAUCACUUUUUUGCCACAUUAAAAAACAUGUUUACAAUGUCAAAGGGGCUUUAUUUAUUUCAUCUGCACUGUGGCUGUGGAAAAGGUGUCUUAACUGCGUGCAGUUGGUUUUUUUUUUUUAAUGGGCUGGUUAGAAUAUCGAGAAUAUAUUCUAAUCCAGUCAAUAAAAUGAUUUAUAACAAAACUCCUUAACGGGAUAUCCUUCUUAAAGAAAAGCAUUAUUUUGAAAAAAAAAUAAAAGAAAUGUCAUUUAAUAAUGUUGCAAGAAGUUUGUGUAGCUUUAAUCAGUUGGACCUCAACAUCAAUGCUAUUUUUUUAGCGCCUAUUGGGUGCAGAGCGAUGUGGAAAGUGUUUGGAGAGUACACCAGGAGCAAAAGACUCGGUCCUUACCUCCUGAGGGCUUACGAUCUGUCCGUAGAUGUUGGAUAGCUGUUAAACGUAUCACUAUUAAAUGUUCAGAGACACGAAGAAAGCUAAAACCUAAAGCAAACUAGUAUUUUAGGUAGCAAGUUGGGAAUGGCGUUCAGCCUUUUCAUUCAUACUCGUCAGCGUGGAAUGCACUUUAAAAAAGAAAUCCUACUCUAGGUGUGUUUUUAAUAGAGCAUUCCCGUUUGGUGAACCACGAUUUAAAAUUUUUAAUUUCAUUUUCCCUUCUAAUUUGACUUUAUUAUGUAAUCAUAGCUAUAUUUAGGGGCCCACGUGAUAGAGAUAUUUAUUCUUCUGAUAGGAAUGAAAAUUUGUCACUGUUAAGUAAAGAUACGCUGAAGGAGAAGAUUAAAAAAAAAAAUCUAGCCCCUGGUUGUUACCAAAUAGUUGCCAUUAAAUAGUUCUCGGGUCUCAAGGAGCCAGCGUUACUAAGGAAUCUUACCUCCCCUCAUUCUCUCACCUUUUCUUGCCUAACUAAAAUGUAGAAAUAAUUCUAGAACUUCUUUGAAGAAACAAAAGUACCGAAUGUAACAAAUAGAAAACUAACAUUUGAGAAAGGGGUUUUGAGUUUAAAAUUGAAACUGUAUUACAAAAUGUCUUAGUGGAGGGUAAGAUACCAAUUAUGAUUUCUAUUUUAAUAGAAAAGCAGUAUAAUAUAGGAUUAUGCUUUCCCUUAUUGUGACCCUGGGUGAAUCACUUAACCCCUCUGUACCUUAAUUUCUUCUUUGGUUAAAAGGGCAUAAUACCUUCUCUUUCGCUUGGGUGAUGUGAGCAUGCAUGAGAUAAACCUGUAGAGAUACAUAUGCCUUCAAUUUACACAUAUACACACACACAUAUGUGUGUGUGUUUGUGUGUGUGUGUGUGUGUAUAUAUAUACACACACAUAUAUAUGAAGGAUGAUGUUUAAAUUGAAGAUGGUUUUGCUAUUAGUGUUGAUUUUGAGUGCUUUUUGAGUUAUGGCUGGCUGCUGAAGGGCUUGUUGAUUAUUGUUUCUUUUUAGUUCUUCCACCUCUUUAAAGAGUGCAGUCAGAUUACCUGCCAUCCCACCAUUCAUUCAUUUAUUCAGUCGUAUUUAUUGAGCCCUUAUUGUGUGCAGAGCACUGUACUAAGCGCUUGGGAGAGUACAGUAUAACAAUAAACAGAUAUAUUCCCUUCCCCCAGUGAGCUUACAGUCUAGAGGGAACCACUGUGUCCUCACCAGGUGAUAACAUGACAUUUCCUGUUGUGAUUCUGUGAUUCUUCCCUUCACAUUUUCCCAGGCCCAGAUUUCCUUCUAACGAGUCCUUUGUUGGCUCUUGGUGCUUCUGUUUAGUUGGUCAGAGAUGCCGGUACUUCCUCAGGCAAGGGAAGUAUAGUAUAUUUUCCUUGCUUCAAAAUUACCUACUUGGAAUGUUCACUGUUAAGAUCUUCUUGUCAUAUUAUACAGUGGUCAUAAUGCAUCUCUUGAUUUACAGGGAACAUUUUGACUUGGAAUCCACCAGUCACUAGCAAGCCUUCUCCUGGGAUGGAACAGCUAGAGUGGAGUGUAACAGAUGAAAUCCAGGUUCACCAAAUCUGAAGUUUAAAAAAAAGCUUUUGAUCAAAACAAAAAUUAGAUUAAAACCGGGGAAAUUAAGUGGAAAAAAAUGACUGAUCAAAUGAAGAAAAUGACUGAAAAUGAAGAAAAUACUUUUCUGUUUGACUAGGUUAUAUAUGUGUAUAUAUACCUAGAAAUAUUUGAAAAAAAUUAGAAAUAUGAAAUAAGUCUUUUGUGAUGGAAUAAAAUGGCUGCAUACGUUCCUGA